AUGUAUAACCAAAGAGUAUCGCAUAAUGGUCAAGUAAUGGAUUCUACAAUUUCACACGACGACGAUUCCGUAGUGAGCAGCAGUGCCCAAAGAUUCCAACACACCCAUCGUUUUCAACAUUUUCCACCUAAUCAGCACAUAGCCACAGACUGUCCGAUAGAUGGAAGACAUUGCCAACUCCCCCAGUGCUUUUGCUCUCGAACUGGAUUGGAUAUUCCCGGUGGGCUCUCUGUCUUAGACACUCCCCAAAUGGUGUUGAUUAGUUUUGAUGGAGCUGUAAACGAUCGAGUCAUAAACCGCCUUAAAGCACUCUUCGACGGAAAAUACCGCAAUCCAAACAGAUGCCGGAUUUCAGGAACCCUAUUUGCUACUCAUGUACUAAACAAUUACGAUCAAACACAGUGGUUACUCAGUCAUGGUGUAGAAAUCGGGUUGAGUUCAAUGAGGUGAGUUCUGCGUGGCAGAAAUUGGUGUGUUUCCGGCGUGGAAUGCACACGAUGAUGGGUGCCCUCUUCAAACUAUAAAUAUAUCUAUUGUUUGAAGAUUUCUGCGAAAUUGAACUUAUUUCUGCACCACAAAAAAAAACAGUUGUCCUAUCUGGAUCUUACUAGGGAAGUAUUUCACGUGUGGCAAAUUUGGAUAAAACUUACAGUGGAAGUACUCCAAGCGCGACGCUCAGAUUUUGAUGAAGCUUGGCACAAAUUUAGAAUUAUUUUUUCUAAGAUAUAUGCGAGAAUCCUAGCUCGCGCUUUGCAGAAACAACUGAGAUUUUUAGAUCGAAAGUCGGCCAAAAUUUAGGACUUUUUGCCGAGCUUUGGCACAAAAAGUUUCAAUGCCUAUUUCUACGUAAAGAAAAAUGUUUCUACAAAAAAUCAAAAUUUUCCGCACGAAACCGCCAAAGUUAUGGCCAAAAAGCGUUUUUCUCUCUGACCGCUCUCCACGUUUAGUGCUCUCUUGGCGACACAAAUCGUUCGAUAUCUCGGUUGCGCCCGAAAAGCGCGAGCUAAAAUUUUCGGAAAUUGAUAUUUAGUCCAUACCCGACGUGUGUUCAAAUUUUAAAGAAAGAGCGUCGCACUAGGAGUACUUCCCCUGUUAGCUAAAAUUAAAAGCUUAAAUUUUCAAAACAUACGAGAAUCCUAUUUCGCUAUUAGCAGAAAUCAUAGUUUUUUCUUAAUGAAUGAGUGAUUAUUGAAGCGUACAAUUUUCUAGCUGAAAGUCUAUUUUUUCUAGCGAAAACAAAAAAGUUGUCCGCAAAAAUCCUUCUCCUCUGUUCGGCUCUUUUCAUUUCACGCGCCCUCUGGAAUACAAAACGUUGAAUAUCUCGGCCGUUGCAGGAAAGGAUGAGCCAAAACUUUCAGGCCUUUGAUACGUGGCUAGUUAGGAACUCGUAUGAAAUAUUUCAAGAAAACCUGAGUGCUCCAACUGGAAGACGUCCCAUUUAUUGAAUCUUUAGAUAUAGUUUUCGGCAUGAUAUCAAAAUUUAAAAAAUUUCCGUCAGCACUGUUGGCACCCUGCAAAUAAUUGUGCAAACUUUUUAGUGGCGACAACAUGGUAGCCGCAAGUGAACGAAGAUGGUACGACGAAUUGAACGCAAUUAAAGCUGCUUUGGAGAAGUUUAGUUAUGCGAACCGUUCUGCAAUGGUCGGCGUUAGAGCACCAAAUAUGGAGUCAUCAGGUUAGAAAAGCUUACUGCUUUUUAUAGGAGGCCAAAAACUUUUUUCUAACCUCGAAUCGCCUUCCUUGCAAUUAGUAGAAGUAGAACCCGACCGCAGAGAAAGUCUAUGACGAACCUCUCCUCAAGCCGUUAGCUUGCAGGCAUUUUUGUCAAUGUGACUUUUUCAUUUUUGGGAUAAAAAUGCGCCGUCGGCUGAAACGGCUUUUCUGUUGAUGGAGUGGGAUUGAUUAAAAAAUUUGUAUGUUUCACUCAUUGCGAGUAAGGAGAUUCGGGUGGCAAGAAGAUUGUACCCAGCAUUAUAAUUGAUUUAUGCCUUACAUAUGGUUUAAAAUCACCCUGCCGACUUUUAAACCCAACAGCUUUAAUUGACUUCUUGGUGUUUUCAGCGGCCGAUCGCUUGAUAAUAUCCAUUACUUGUGUGAGAAAUAUUUCCAGGGAGUUCCCAAAUGCGAACAUUAACACAUCUUGGAUACAAGUACGACAGUUCCAUUAAGGUCAAAGAUGGUCCGUUCUGGCCGCAAACACUGGAUUUCAAACCGCCGUGGGAGUGUGCAUCCCAGACGUCGUGCACACGAGAUGCCCAUGCUGGACUGUGGGAGCUACCAUUGGCUGCGUUCUACCGUAAUGACACUCCGUAUUAUAAACUGGAAGAACUGACUGCAAGCCUUUCGAGCCCGGACGACUUACUCCAAGUGUUAUUAGAGAACCUUAGAAUCCACGAAGAAGCCAGUAGGGCACCAAUGCAUUUGCCGUUAAACGCAAAGUUUCUAAACAUGCUGCCGGACGCUGGGGUGGUAAAUGUAUUACAGAAAUUUAUUACUGAAGUAAGCUUUGGCGUAUAAUAACCGUUUUGCAAAAAUAGAAGUAAACUUGACCCUGUUUAAACAAACUUCAUUAUAGGUCCAAAAGAAGGACUAUGUUUACAUCGUUUCAAUAAGACAGGCAGUUGAGUGGAUUAGCCGACCAACAAGGCUCGCAAAGCUACACAAUUUUAGGCAGUGGAGUUGCCGUAGGACAAGUUCUGGGACCAUCCAACCUUGCGAGGUAAAUAUCCUUAAACACACGAAUUUAAGUUGUCAGCCCAUACAGUACUUUCAAGCGCUUUACGGAAUUUCCUUUCCUUUCCAGAGCCAAGUCUGCAUAAUAUAAUACAAUGCAUAUUCUUAGGUCCGCCCCUACGUCUUCAUUUUAUUUAAGCUCUCUUUCGAAAGUCAACAUUCAAAGCUUUACUUUCAGAACCCAUCAGUAUGCACUUUUAUGCACACUAGGCAAGGAGGCCCCACGCCUCAUUCUUUCAAGGUUUGCGGAAGUUGCCCGAACGUAUAUCCCUGGCUUGAUGACCCUGUUGGAUCAGGAAUCUCACGAAACUAA